AUGUGUAGAAUUUGCCCACAGAUUCUUGAAUUUUCGCCGGACGACAGUACCAUGCCGUCACGACUUGAGAGUCUUAUCAUCAACCUCAGUCUCCAAGAUGUCGAUCGAUUCUCCGCGGGAUUUAGUAAUCAUUGUACCGAGCCAAGGAGUUCAUUGGACCUAUACAAUGAGAUGAUUACGACAGGUACUGAAAUUGCAAAACAAACCCCAAGCCUCAAAGUAUUCAAAAUUCUGUGGCAUAGGCACCCAUACUCGGAUACGAUGACUAUGAACUGUAUUACUGGGAUUAAGACAAUUCUUUCUGGCACCUGGGACUGGAGCGAUGAAGGGGUCCCUGAACCUGGCGAACCAUUCUUCCCUAUUUUUCAUCAACAGAUAGUGAUUCCUCAAGUUGAGCUGGUAUAUUGA